ACGUCCAAACUGAACAGAAAGAAAGAAAAAACGAAGGGCCGGUGGCAGGUGCCAGGCUGCCGAUGAUGCGCCUGACGCGCCUGGCGCUUCUGAUUUCCAACUCAACCGCCAUGGAGCCCGACAGCUCAGAGCCAUCGUUUUCAGAGUCUGGAAGCGACGCUACAGCUGACGACAUUGAUAUCAAAGAUGCCUCCUGGGACGACCCUGAGCUGGUUCGAGAUAACAUAGAACGAAUAUUAGGCUCCAAAAAUACCUUCAACUCGUUAUUCUACUUCAGCAAGGGCUACCCCAACGCUCCUAACCCGGUACUUACCAUUCCCGGCUUCGAUAUCGUCGGGCUCCCUUUGAGCAGCAAGGUUGCCGAGGACAUCAAGGAACAUUGCAUACAGAACGAGGCUGAAUCACACGACGCGAACAUUAAUGGCUUGAAUGUGUGGGAGCUUCCACCGGCGUCAUUCACAUAUCUUAGCGAAACAUGGAAUGAAUUUUUGGAGACGGUCUACAAAGACGUUUAUGAGGCCUUGGGCAUUGACGUGGAAAGAGACGAGCCGAGCUACGAAUUGGACACACUGUUUCUCCUGGGAAAGGGCGCUCGAAUUCCCCUGCAGUCAAUGAAAGCGAACGACGAUCGAAUAUUUGCGAAGCUCAUGAUCACGCUCCCCUCCCGAUUUUCUGGAGGCAACAUCCACUUUGAGCAUGAAGGCGAGGCUGGUGUUCACGAGAGCGAUACGCACAGCCUCUUCACUACCUCUGUGGCAGCAUGGUACACUCCCGUGAAGCACAACAUUGACCGUGUCACUGAGGGACACUGCCUGGUGCUCCUGUACAAUCUUGUCUGUUCCUCAGAUUCUACGCCUCCUCGGCCACCUCCCUACAACGCUGCUCUUGCAUGUCUGGAGCGUAUCCUGCAAGCCUGGGGAGACGACGAACGGAACGGUGAACGGCAACAACAGAAAGAUAAACAAGACGGUGAGCUGGAUGAAGAGCAGGACGGAGAGCAGGACGGAGAGCAGGACGGAGAGCAGGACGGAGAGCAGGACGGAGAGCAGGACGAAGAGCAGGACGAAGAGCAGGAUGGAGAGCAGGACGAAGAGGACGGAGAGCAGGACGGAGAGGACGGAGAGCAGGACGGAGAGGACGGAGAGCAGGACGACAACCGGAACAAGAAACGGAAUGCCGCAAGAAAGCGCUUACCGGAGCAGGUCAUGUAUCUACUUGAUCAUGUUCGAAGCGACGCGGAACAUGACAGCAACGCCGGGAAUGAUGACGGUGAAUUAGAGGCCAGUAACUCGGGCGGAGAACUUGCUACAGCCUCCCACGAAACCGGUGUGUUUGAACCGAUCGUCCCUGGAGAUGCACCCAAAACCAGAGACAAAACCUCCGACUUAAUCUCGCUUCAUGGCCCGGACGCGAGGAAGUUCCGGCUCCUAUGCGCUGCGGCCGAGCGUCACAACUUCAGCCUUGGCUUCGCCGACGCACAUCUUACUUGGGCCUGUGCCGCCAACUACCUACGCUUACCAGGCAAGAAAGGUGUUCAUAUCGUCGAGUGGGACUACCAUAAGCACGAGACGUGGCCGAGUUUGGGGCCCCUGCGCGAUGUCAACGGCAAAGUCAUUGUAAAGGAUUUGCCGUAUAAUGAGUACGGGAGCGAGCAAAUACCGAGCGACCUCAUGAAUAAGAUUUCCAAAGGGCAAUGGGUCGAUGAAGACAUUCGCUCUUCAGUUGAGGUUGACACAGGCAAGGAUUGGGGAUAUGUGGUACGAGACUUCAGCCGACUGCUUCUCGUUCUCUGGCCGCGUGGCUCGUCCCGAUCGAUGAUAUACACCGGCAAAGAGGGGUUCGCUCGGGCGUGCAGCGAUUUCGAGCAUAUUCUGCGCGGGCCAGUUGAUAAUGUACCACUCGCGGAAUAUAUACUCAGGAAUCGCGGACACGACCGGUCGCGUGCUACUGAACUUACUGCGGAGGCGGCAUGUACGUGGGGAAACCUUACGCUAUGGGACCAAGCGGUCGCGACUUGCAACGGCGAGGAAUGUCUUGGUUUGAUACCAGACCAACUCAAACUUCGAGCGAUGGAGAAGCUUGGCUUUGGUGCGGUCCGUCCCGGUUUUGAGCGUAUGCUCAAAGAUGAUAGUAGCACCAGCCGGAGAUUGGGGCUUAUUUCUCUCGUGCGUAUGUCGGCGAACCAAUCGGGCGACGUGGAACGGUGGACAGCGGAGCAGGUUUGCAAAGUGAUGGCGUCGUUGCAAAACCUUGCGCGCGAAGAUAUCCAGUCUCUUCUCGACACUGCGUUCGAACGCGGCGGUAUCGUGUUUGUAAAAGAGAGUACUUUGCAAAACCUUUACGACACAGCCGAUGGCGAUUUCCUGCUCAACUUCGCACUCGCGCUCUUCCGGGACGGACGCUUUCUAGACUGUGACGAAAAGGGCUUCGUUUUACAUGAUUUACUUUUUACCGCCAUCUCCAAGACAUCUUUCGUCAAUGAAAAGGAUGUAGGAACCACCAGACGCUUCGUCGCCGGGCUUUUCGACACCAAAUGCGCCGUUCUAGUGUCUUCAAUACUCCGUGUGGUAGAAAACCAUCUUCCGCGCAUUAAGGACGACGCAGGAGAGUAUGCGGUGACGGUCAUGUUGCCACUGCUUGUACAUUGUUUGGAACAGGUCAGAGAGUGUGGCACGGCGGUUAGCGGUUUAAAGGACUUCAUGGAUAUUACUGUUCGAUUGUACAUCGACAGGUUGAAGCAUCGAGCCAGCGGUCUUCAUCAACAGAAGGAAGAACAUGUGAAGAGUUUCUUGGAUGCCAUUGUUAUUUCCGCGGAGCCUGGUGCAGAGUUUUCAAGCAUCUUCUCCACGCUGGAGUCGAUCACCCUCAAUACACUGGACCUACGAGCAUUUGUAGAUGAGCUUCACGGCAGACAAGAAGACCUUAUAGCUAGGACGGUUGUGGGCAAGGAGGUUCUGACGGGCUUCAUUUUGUCUUUCGCCAAGCGAUACGCGUCGCUCAUCGUCCUCAACACCAUACCCGUGAUAAUGGACACACUGAAUUGGUGUAGCUCACUCGAAUUGCCCGAAGUCGUCUCCAUGAUUCUCCUUCGCCUCCGUGAUACUUCCAAUUGCACGGUAGCGGAGAUUUCGACUGUCCUCGUCCCUCUCCUUCCGGAACUCAAAGCCUGGGCGGUGCGCCACGACCAUCUCACCAGUAUAAAGCCAACUAUACAAGCUAUCGUCUCCGCUUGGCAUGAGAAAGUACUCGGCCCUCAGCCUGUACUAGACUCUGCGAUCACGGGAGCGCUCCGCCUCCUCUCCAAAUGGACCUGUGAUUGCGCGCCUUGCACACGCGCACGCAAAUUUCUACGCGGAUACGGCAACACGGAGCUCAUGCUCGAUUAUAUCGGCGCACCCGUGCGUAAACAUGUUGAGCAGGAGGUGGCAGCACAUGCGAGCGCGCUAGCGAUGUGCCAAACCCUUUGGGAGCCAGGGAUGCGGCAGAGCUGCAAGAUCUUCAAGAAAGAGCCGCUCGCAAAGCCUGUCGUGUGGCGAUCUGAGAGGUCCAGGGGUAAGGAGGUCUUGUCCAACCUUGGAGAGAAUGAGGCGGCGCAGAAGGACAUGCUAGCGGAUGUAUAUGACAGGGUCGUCCCGUCUAUGUUGGAACAGCUAUCGCCAUCAUGGGAAGAUGCUAGUGAUGUAGACACGCUUGCUAAGCGAGCCCAUGCUGGGUUGAAGGCCGGAGGCGAGGGCUCUGGUCCUCCAACAAAAAGGCGAAAGCUAUAAGCAUUUUGAGCUGCUACCUUAUCUGCUAUACUUUUUAUUCUGGAUUAAUCUAACAUCUUGU